AUGUCGCCCGUUCCCCGGACCAUGCGCGCAGCCGUUCUGCACACGCCUGGCGGCCCCUCGGCCCUGAAGCUCGAAAUGCUUCCCAUCCCCACCCCACGUGCGUCGGAGCUCCUCAUCCGCGUCAAGGCUUUCGGCCUCAACCGUUCCGAGCUCUUCACCCGCCAGGGCCACUCGCCCGGCGUGCGGCUGCCGCGCGUGCUCGGCAUCGAGGCGGUCGGGCUCGUUGCCGCCGUCGGGCCCAGCGCAGCCGCUGCUGGCUCCUUCUCGCCCGGCGCCGUCGUCGCGACGGCCAUGGGCGGCAUGGGACGCGCUUUCGACGGCGGCUACGCCGAGUAUGCAUGCGUGCCGGCGGCGCAGGUGCGGACCAUCGCCGCCAGCGAGGCGGAGCUGGCCGAUGCCAUGGGCCCGCGAUGUUGGGAGACGCUGGGCGCGCUGCCCGAGAUGCUGCAGACGGCUUGGGGAGCGCUGGCCAAGAGCCUGCGGCUGCGCGAGGGCGAGAGCCUGCUCAUCAGGGGUGGCACGACGAGCGUCGGGCUCGCCGCGGCAGCGCUGGCGAAAGGUCAGAUGGGCGCGGGGCGCGUCGUGGCGACGAGUCGGAGCGAGGAGAAGGCGGGGCUGAUGCGCGAAUUCGGCGCCGACGAGACGGUCGUGGAUGACGGCGCGCUGGCGGCCAGGUUCAAAGAGGACGGACAGAAGUUCGACAAGGUUCUCGAACUGGUGGGCACCGUAACAUUGAAGGAUUCGCUGGCGUGCGCGAAGGAGGGUGGCAUCGUCAGCAUGACGGGAAUUGUGGGCAACGAGUGGACGCUCAAGGAGGUCAACCCGAUGGAGUUGAUCCCCUCGAAGGUGUGUUUAACGUCGUAUUCGGGGAGCGAGAAGGAUUUCAUGGACACUCCUCUGAAAGAGUUGGCAGAGAAGGUUGGGAGCGGGCAACUGAAGGUGAAGAUCGGGAGGGUCUUCAAGCUCGAUGAGAUUUCUGAAGCGCACCAAUUAAUGGAGGACAACAAAGCUAAUGGGAAGCUCGUGGUCCUAACCUAG